GCGGGCUUGGGGCCGGGCGUGGGCGGGGCGUGUCCAUGGUAACGGGGAGCGCGCGGAGCGCCGCUCUCCCUCUCUCCCUGCGGCGCGGCGGCCAUGAUGCUACUGGCGCGCGGCCUGGACGCCAGGGACAAUCAGACAAGACAAAUACAAGAUGCUGUUUCAAAUGUGGAAAAGCAUUUUGGUGAAUUGUGCCAAAUAUUUGCUGGAUACGUACGUAAAACUGCCAGACUACGAGACAAAGCAGAUCUUCUAGUAAAUGAAAUAUAUGCAUAUGCAGCCACAGAGACACCAAACUUAAAAGUUGGACUGAAAAACUUUGCAGAUGAAUUUUCCAGACUUCAGGAUUAUCGCCAGGCAGAGGUUGACAGGCUUGAAGCUAAGGUUGUUGAACCUCUGAAAACUUACGGGACCAUAGUGAAACUUAAAAGGGAUGAUCUUAAAGCAACUUUAACAGCAAAGAACCGAGAAGCCAAGCAAUUAUCUCAACUGGAAAAGACACGCCAGCGGAAUCCAUCAGAUCGACACAUUAUUGCUGAAAGUGAACUGCAGAGAGCUUCGCUGGAUGCAACUCGAACAACUCGGCAAUUAGAGGAAACCAUUGAUAAUUUUGAGAAACAGAAAAUAAAGGACAUAAAGGUUUUUCGGAGCUCACUUUAUUCACCAGACUAUCAAUCUCGCUUAGACAUAGUUCGUGCAAAUUCAAAGUCCCCCCUGCAAAGAACUGGCUCCUUAAAAUCUUCAUUGAGGACAUUACAGCAGAUUUCCAGCAGUAUGCAAAGAAAAGACAACGAAGAAGAGGAGGAGGAGGAAGAUGAAGAUGAAGAUGAGGAAGAGGAAGAAGAGGAGGAGGAGGAGGAGGGAUUGCAUGCUACUAAAGAAGUGAGAUAAGAAAACUGUUUCAAGAGUGGUCUUUUCUUUUGUUUGGGGGGAAAAAAAUAUUUCCCUGUAAGUAAAGGCUUUUGUGUGUUAAUCAAAAACUUCUCUGAGGCUGUAUUUGUAAAAUUCCAACAGGAGCAAGAAAUGGCACUAGUAGCAGAGUGCCAGACAAAACCCAACAAAUUUCAAAUAAUGGGACAAAAAUCUACUGAAAAUGGACAAUUUCAGUAGCUAGAAAAUUAACUAUUUAUAGACUCCUGUAUGAUAUUUGCAUAGAUGUUAUACUGUGGUCACAUUUGCUUCAACUUACAUGGUAAAGCAUCCAAAAACUGCACUAGGCUUACAAGCAGUUAUGAAUGUAAGGGUUUGCUUGUUACUUUGCCAAUGUAUUACCUUAUUCUCUAGCUACACACCUCUUGGAUUUAGUUAGGUCCUCUAGCUCUACCUCUCAGAAUUAGUUUUAUACAUCCUGAAGUAACUGUAGUACUCAAGAAACUGAUUACAGCAACAAUCCUGUUACAUUUUGUUAUGACUUUGGAUGGCAGAAGGUGGGGUGAGGAGUACUGUCUUCUCAUUCUUGUUUUCCCCAGGCUUGACUAAGAUGACUUUUAAUUCCCUUACACAUACAGAAUGUACACUCAGAAAUAAGGACCUAGCUCAGUUUUUAUUUUUAAUGCUGCUUUGCUUUUAAAUAAAAGUGCCUUCAUAAUAAAACUUUUUUUUAUAUUAGUUGACAUGCUAUAUAGUUAAAAUCUCUUGUGUUUAAUCACUUAAUUGUUACUAAUUCCAUCAAACAUACAAGAAAUUACACAUUUUGAGUAUAAUUUCUUAUCCUGUUUGGAGAUGUUGGUUGUGCUACUCAAAAACAAACGUGCAUAAUUUGCUGCCAGAAAUCUUCUACCAUAUUGUUUAUCUUCAGCUUUAAUACCUGCUAAAGAAGGAACGCAUGUACAACUCUAAAUUUAAACUUUGUAACUGGGAAAGCAAUCUUAAGUUAUAACCAAAUAUUUUUUCAGGUACAAAAAUAAACCAGGAAAUACAUUCGUAAUAUCAAUGCUGCCUUUGUCUACUGAUGCAAAGUAUGCAAUGCACACUUGUUUUAACAGGUGGAAAAAUGGGUUUGCCCCAAAAAUUGUUAUCAAAAUGUGAGUGAAAAUGUCACAAUAUAGGCUUCUGUUUUAAACCCAGAAUGACGUACAUCUGACAUUGGACUACUGCUGACAAGGAGUAGAACACUAUUUCAGUGACUAGGAGGACAUUCAGUAAAUCUCUGUAUUGCAUCAUCAGAGUUACGAUGAUCGGCACUUUAGCAUCUCAGUGAAGUCACAUAGUCCAUCUCCAAAACAGAUCAUUAACUUCAUAACUAUACCAGGUUUUCAUAUAAUAUACAUAUAUGCAAAUAACAAUUUCUGUA